GCUGCUGAACAAGCCCAAGAGCGAGAUGACGCCCGAGGAGCUGCAGAAGCGCGAGGAGGAGGAGUUCAACACGGGGCCGCUGUCGGUGCUCACGCAGUCGGUGAAGAACAACACGCAGGUGCUGGUCAACUGCCGCAACAACAAGAAGCUGCUGGGCCGCGUCAAGGCCUUCGACAGGCACUGCAACAUGGUGCUGGAGAACGUCAAGGAGAUGUGGACGGAGGUGCCCAAGAGCGGCAAGGGCCGCAAGAAGGCCAAGCCGGUCAACAAGGACCGCUACAUCUCCAAGCUCUUCCUGCGCGGCGACUCCGUCAUCGUGGUGCUGCGCAACCCGCUKCUGGCCGGCAAGUAGGGACACCAGGGACACCCCGGGAGGCCGCCUGGAUCCGGCGAAAGCUCCUGGAGRUCCAGCAAAAGCCACCUGGAUCCAUCAAAAGGUCCUUGAGAUCCAUCAGAAGCUGCUGGAGAUCCAUCAAAACGCACCUGGAUCCAUCAAAACCCACCCAAGAUCCAUCAAAACCCACCUGGAUCCAGCAGAACCUCCUUGAGAUCCAUCAAAACCCACCAGGAUCCACCAAAACCCACCCAAGAUCCAUCAAAACCCACCUGGAUCCAGCAGAACCUCCUUGAGAUCCAUCAGAACCCACCAGGAUCCAUCAAAAGCCACCCAAGAUCCAGCAAAACCCACCUG